CAUUUGUACGCGGCUUAACUAAAACUGACUCACAUAAAGGGCCACCAACAUAGUAACAAGAAAGAUCAAGAGCAAGCAAUAGAAAAUGAGACCUUUAAUCAGUCUUCUUUGCCUUUGUGCAGUUCUUGUGGGACAGCUCGUAGCUAGUCCCUUGCCUCAACAGGAACCAACUGAAGCACAAGAGGAAACAGAUGCUCCAGAAGCAACUGAGGAACCAGAGGCUACAGAAGCUCCAGAACCUCCAGAAGGAACAGAAGCUCCAGAAGGAACAGAAGCCCCAGAACUAACGGAAGCUCCAGAAGGAACAGAAGCCCCAGAUGGUAUAGAAGCUCCAUAGGAAACAUAAGAACCGAGUGAAGAACCCGGGGCAGAGUAGUGUAGUAAGAGGAGGCGAAGACUGUCGGACGACUAAAUGAAGAUUAAGAUCUAUAUGCAUGUCCUCAAGACGAUCACCAGCAAUUCUACAUUGAGUAAAAAAAAGCUAUCUUGUGCAGUGAGUCACAACCUGUAAACAUUACCCUUUUUUUUAACGGUAUAACGUAGUUUAAUGUAGUCUAUUUGAAAUGUAGUGUAAGUUGUGUAAAGUAGUGUAAUUUGGUUAAGUAAAUUAUAUUGUAAUAUAUAAAAAAAUAUAUUUUUUUUCUUUUUUAUAGCACAGCCACCACAAUGAAGGCUUUUUUUUCUUAUUUCUUCGCCUUGUGUUAAUUUGAUAAGAUAAACAUGGUGGUUAAUAAAGUUUACUUUGAUAAA